AUGUCCUCCCAGCCUCCACAGAGACCCCCUCGCCAACGACGGGACCGCAAAGACACGCGGUCAGCUGCGAUGUCCCAAAGGGACCGUGACAGGAUGAGAACCACCCCCAAGGAGAUGAAGCCUACAAUACGGAGGAUGUUGCGCUCGGUCAUUCGCUCCCAACAGGACUACACAUCAGUUCCCGAAGAGUUGGGCUGCGCAAACUGCCUCAGCGGGGGUGUGCCGUGCUAUGUGUAUGCGAUUCACGCCGUGGCCGUCUUCAGCUCGAAACUUCACGGCAAAAGGACGCCGGUGUACGGCCUUUGCCAAACGUGCAAGUUCCGGGGCCUGAACUGCCCGUUUUCCAAGAACAUUCCCCCACACCAACCGCGAGCCAGACAACCGCAGCCGCCAAGAACAGGCAAGACCCAGACAAAGGAGGAGAAGAAGCAGAGGCAGAAGGAAUUGUUAGCGUCCCAGCACCCCUCCAAGCAAGCGUGGGAGAAGAAAACGGACAAGUGGCUCAGUAAAUCCAUGAGCCCGCAAGAGGGAGCGACCAGGCCAAAUGUCUCCGAAAGUGCCGCGGUGGUGGAGGCUGGUCUUGUUAGGUCCGACGCUGACACUGGCAGUGCCUCGGAGAGGAACGCCGAGGCGGCCGUCCUUGAGUCCGUGGCGCGGGGGUCAGCUGACUUGGCGAGCCCGCCUGACGCGGUGAACAACAACCACUCGCCUCAAGAGGACGAUGACGAUGACCUUGAGGAGGUUGUUUGGUAG